AUGAAGAUGGGUGUUAUCAUAAAAUGGAAUUACCGUAAUAUUAUUGGAAUCACAAAACCUAUAAACGUUGUGAUGUGUCUAUCUCACAAUUACGACAUCAGGCCGGCUACACUCUAUCGGUUGCGAGCCACAGUCCUUAUUAACCAGGCUGAGAGCUCUCCUUCGAAGCUUGUCCUCGUGAAUACAAGAGAAGCUGCGGCGAAGUCGCCUGUGAUUCAGUCAGUCAAGGUAUUGGCCAACGGAAGCGCUAUAGUUCAAUUCAUCCCGGCAGAUGAUGUCGAUGUCAAAACUAAUUAUACUGUGGAGUAUCGUGAUGUCUCCAGUUUUGAUCCCUCAUGGACGAGUCUCGAGUUCGAAUCGGACUCCUCUAGUGAAGUCCUUCUGUCGGGCCUUUUGCCCAACAGGACGUAUGAAACUCGCCUGUUUGUAAACGGCAACAUCGUUCAUGGCAUUUGUUCAAGAACUGUGCUUUUUUCAACGAAUCAAACUGCUCAGUUGCCCGAAGUUUCUUUGAUUCCACAAGAAGAGAUCGUGCUGGAUCCAGACGUGUCGCAGCCGCUAGAAGUAAAAUGCAGUGUGAUAUCGUCUCCUCCCUCCAAUAUUCGAUGGUUGGUCGAUGGCAAUCCUUUACCUGUCGAUCACUCUUUCUAUACAGUUACAAAUACAGCUGAAGAUGACAACAAGAUAACUUCUACAAUCCACAUAAAAUCGAGAACCCGAAAUGACGACUUGACUUGCAUAGCAGCAAAUCCAGCCGGGCAAGUGUCAAAAACAAUUGCAGUUCGCAUUCGUGGUCCAGGAAGUCCUCCGUCGGCAGUAGCAUUGCAGAGUGAACGUGGAGGUUAUACGGUGACAUGGCAGCCACCUUCACAUCCCAAUGGAAAUAUUACAAAAUAUGUGGUGUAUCACAGCUUCAAUAAAGAAUAUCCGCUGGCAGACUGGCAAAAGUUAGUGUUGGAUGGCACGGAGAACAGCGUGAGAACCCGAAAUGACGACUUGACUUGCAUAGCAGCAAAUCCAGCCGGGCAAGUGUCAAAAACAAUUGCAGUUCGCAUUCGUGGUCCAGGAAGUCCUCCGUCGGCAGUAGCAUUGCAGAGUGAACGUGGAGGUUAUACGGUGACAUGGCAGCCACCUUCACAUCCUAAUGGAAAUAUUACAAAAUAUGUGGUUUAUCACAGCUUUAAUAAAGAAUAUCCGCUGGCAGACUGGCAAAAGUUAGUAUUGGAUGGCACGGAAAACAGCGUGAGGGUCUUGUCCGAAGCUGAAGAUGCAUUUUAUGUACGAGUUCAAGCUGCCGCUGAUAGCGGCCCUGGUGUCAUCUCAGAUAUUGUUGCAGUUGAAAAAGAUAGUAAGCUGAGAGCGUUGCUCCAUUUUGCUGUAGACAAUCUCAUCCGCUUAAAGCAUUUUUGGGGAAAGGUAUGA